AUGGCAGAUCAACAACAGGCCGCGGCACGGCCGAGCUCAGCCAACCCUCAUGACCCUGAGGCUACCGAUCCGGCCCUCUUGAAGGACAACUCGGAGAUCCGUGACUACAAGACAGAUCGCUUUACCUACUCCGGCAUCAGAACAUUCUACAAGCGGCAUCUCCAAGCCGACCAGUUGCCCAAACCGCCUCUUCCUUUACUGGUCUUCAUCCACGGGCUCGGGGGCUCCGUAGCCCAGUUUCAUCCGCUGUUGACGAGCCUCGUUCACAUAUCGUCAUGCUUGGCCAUCGACCUGCCCGGAUGUGGCCGCUCCGAGUUUACCGAACAGGCAUGGGAUGCCUACACCCCGGAAGCCCUCAGGGAGUUGCUGGAGCUAAUUAUCGACGAGUACCGUCAGAAAGAGCCUGGCCGCAGCGUCGUCCUCAUCGGGCACAGUAUGGGUACGAUUAUGUGCGCACGCUUGGCGAGUCACAGCGUUCAUAACAAGACGAAGCUGCGGAAGUAUGUCGUUGGCUUGGUUGCCGUCUGUCCCCUGGCUGGUCCUCCAGCAGAAGAAAAGACGAAGAUUUUCCGCACCCUGCUAUGGAUUCCUGGUUGGCUCUUCGACCUUUGGAGGGCCUACGAUCGAUGGGGCGGCCCGCAAAGCGCUAGCGUCAGUCGGUUUGUAGGCCCGGAGGCCGAUCUCGAGCUACGCAAGCUUCAGGACCGUUUCAACAACCAGAGUCGGACCCCAGUCUGGCGCAGGAUGGCAUGGGGAUCACUCCCGAGAUACGAAAAUGGUGUCGCAAAAGGCGGCAUCCCUGGCAAGGAUGUGUGGGCCGGCGUUGACGUCCCCGUCUACUUGAUCGCUGGCGCGGAGGACAAGCUCACGCCCCCUAGCGAGGUCGACAAGAUUAGAGAGUGCCUGUCUGGAAAGGCGUCUCCAUUGAUGGAAACCGGGUCUGAUGAUGAUUGGCACGAGACAACUGUCGAGGCUGUAACGUCAAGCAACACGUCGAAGGAUGCAGAGGACUAUGGGCCCGAGAGCAUAGAUGACAUUCGAGACGAGGACUUCCAUCGCGAUCGUGAUCGUCGACCCAUCGAUGAUGCAGAAAACGCUCUCGAGGAUCCUUCUACACCACAAGAAUCACCAGCAAACGUCCCACCUCAGCCCCGACAUCCCACCAAGGUCGUAAAGUCGAUCAUCAUGCCUAGACCGGCCAACCACGCUCUGCUUUUCAACCCUGCCACUGUCCGGGUUCUCGCCGGUCUGAUCUCGGACUUUCUCGCCACCCAUGUUACAGGUCGCUUUUCUCUCGGCUGGCAGCUGCAGUAUCUCUCGCGCGAGGGCAAGUGGGAUGUGAAGAAUUUGGCCAAGUGGAAGGGGGUGGUUCCUGUUUCCCACCCCAUCGGCCCCAAGGGCAAACCGGCGGUCUUCAGGGCAAUGAAGACCCUGCGUGAAGCGGAUGACACACACUGUCCCACCGAGUUCGUCAAGAACUGGGGAGGCAUCAUUAAAGAUGUCAUCGACAUAAGCCACGACAAGCCGGUGUACGACCCACGGAGCAUGGAAAAGGGCGGUGUACGAUACCACAAGUACGCGACGGUGUCCAAGAUCCCGCCCAAGGACGACGAAGUCGCCCAUUUUAUUUUACUGGUCGACAAGCUACGGGAGCAGCAGAAGACGAGAGCCGAGCAGGAGAAAUGGACGGAGGUGGACGGUCAGACGCAGGUGAUUGGCGUUCAUUGCCACUACGGCUUCAACCGGACCGGGUACUUCAUUGUGUGCUACCUCGUCGAGCGGUGCGGGAUGACUGUGGGCGAGGCCAUUGAAACAUUCAAAGCGGCAAGGCCCAACGGCAUUCGCCAUUACCACUUCAGGGAUCGGCUUCACAUGCGAUACUCGGGCCUGAAGCUGGAAGAAGACCAGUUGCAGGAGGAACGGCAGCAGCAGUAG